UCAGAUAAUCAAUCUGGUUUCAUAACUAAAUCUACUUGCUGUCAGUGUAAAAGAGAGAUCAAGAGAGAGAAUGGAACAUGUGAUAAAAGAAAAGGUAGUGAACAUGUUGAAUGCUUGCGAAGGUCGUAUACACGAAGAGAUGGGCAAGCUUGGAGCAGAUAUGAGUUCAAAGUAUGGGAUAUCUCCGAGCACUGCAAUAUCACUGAUCCUAGGCUGCGUUUGCCUGUACAUGUUGGGGAAGCGUCUCUGGGAGCCGAAGCCGAAGCCGACGCCCUUUUUUCAAAGGUCCCAGUCAUUGGCAAACAUAUAUGGGGGUGAUUUUGCAUUGAGGAGACUUGAAGACUAUAACAUAGCUAAGGCCAUACCCUACGCUGUUGAACGCAGUGAUCUUGUUUUGAAGGGUCUGCUUGAGGAAGAACAUCUUGACUUGAAGAAGCUCCAGAGUGUGACGGCAAGGCUGGAGAUGGCAGGAAAGGAAGACGAAGGAGUGAGGUUACUGAAAGAAGCAAAAGAAAAGAAUAUUCAAUUGGAAAAAUCUCAUCACGCUUACGAGAUUGACAUGUUGCUUGUCGAAUUGCUCAUCUACUUGGGAAACUAUGAGGAAGCCCAGAAAUGUGAAUGCCUAAAACAUCAAAAAAUGAUGACAUUUGAUGCUCGACGUCCACUCUUCAAGGCAAUUAUAUAUGGAAUGCGGAAUAAUUGGGAAAAGGCUGCCAAUUUUUGGACAAAAUUCGUUGAUCUGAGGCAAGCCAUUAUGACGUGGUGGGGCUUGACCAACUUGUGCCUGGAAUUGAAGAUUUCGCUGAAUUCAAAGAGAAAGUCGAACAUCUUCAAAAUGAAAUUAAGAAAAAGGAAAAAACUUCAGGAAUCAAACAUACUGUAUUUAAAAAGGGUUAGGGCAAACACACACGUACCAUUUGGAACAACAUAUAUAUGUAAAUACGUACCAUAUAUCCAUUUCAAUAAUUUUAAUGUAUUUAUCUUUAUUUAUUCAGGAUAAUAAAAUUUUCAGUCCUUCAAAUUUA